UAAAACCCAACAGAAGAAGAAAAAAAAAAAAAAAGCAACAGCAACUACACUUACACCUACAACUUCAACUUCAACUACAACAACACGGAGCUUACAUGCUGGACAGAGAAGCAUGAAGGGAACCCAAGCAGCUCUGCUGAAUUGAUAUCUGACAAAUCAAGGAUGGCAGGAGUGUUUGACAUAGACUUGGAGACUGAGGACAUCAGUGAUACAGAGGAUGAUGUCUGUGACUUCACUGUGACAGAACCAGAGAAUGUUCAGACAGAGGAGGUAGAGUUGACCAGUGAAAGUGUCAACAGAGACAGUGAGAGAGUUGGACCUGACUGCUUUGAACUUCUUACUGUGCUGGGGAAAGGAGCCUAUGGCAAGGUUUUCCAGGUGAGGAAGGUUCAAGGUUCUCAGAUGGGGAAAAUAUUUGCCAUGAAGGUCCUAAAAAAGGCUAAGAUAGUGUGCAAUGCUAAAGACACGGCCCAUACACAAGCAGAACGGGAGAUCCUUGAGACAGUGAGACACCCGUUCAUCGUGGAUCUGCUCUAUGCCUUCCAGACUGGGGGAAAACUCUACCUCAUACUGGAGUGUCUGAGUGGAGGGGAAUUGUUCAUGCAGCUGGAGAAGGAAGGCAUAUUUAUGGAGGACACUGCUUGUUUCUAUCUAGGAGAGAUCACAUUGGCCCUAGGUCACCUCCAUUCUAACGGGAUUAUUUACCGAGACCUCAAACCUGAAAACAUCAUGCUCAGUCACCAAGGACACAUCAAGCUAACUGACUUUGGCCUCUGUAAGGAAUCAAUUCAUGAUGGAACCGUCACACACACCUUCUGUGGGACGAUAGAGUACAUGGCUCCAGAGAUCCUGACCAGGUCAGGUCACAACAGAGCAGUAGACUGGUGGAGCCUGGGGGCCCUCAUGUACGAUAUGAUGACCGGAUCACCUCCAUUCACAGCUGAAAACAGAAAGAAGACCAUUGAUAAGAUCUUGAAGUGUAAACUCAAUCUGCCCCCAUACUUGACCAUCGAUGCAAGGGACCUCAUCAAGAAGCUGUUGAAGAAGAAUCCAGCCCAAAGACUUGGCUCCAGUAAAGCAGACUGUGCUGAUAUCCAGAAACAUCUGUUCUUCAAGCACAUCGACUGGGAAGACCUGCUGAACAAGAGAGUGGAGCCGCCAUACAAGCCACAGCUGCAGUCGGACGAGGAUGUGAGCCAGUUUGACACCAGAUUUACCAGACAGACACCAGUGGACAGUCCAGACGAUACUUCACUCAGCCACAGUGCAGAGCUCGCCUUCGCCUUCGCUGGUUUCACCUACGUGGCUCCAUCAGUCCUAGAGAGUCUAAAAGAAGGCUUCUCAUUCGAACCCCGAACACGACCUGUACGCCGACACAACAGCAGCCCACGCACACCCAUCAGUCCUCUGAAAUUUUCCCCAGCUGGACCCUUCAAAUCCAGCAUGGACAGAGAGCCAGACCUUUUCUCUCCCACCUCUGCACCAGCACCUCCAGUUCCUGUGCCACUGGAAAAUGGAGCUGCCAGUCAGCCAAUCAGGACGCCUGCGAGGAACAAGAAGCAGAAGGGACAUCGCAGAUGAGGAGGAAAUCUUCAAAGAGCCAGCCUAUGCUCCAUGACCUUGGUCAGAUUAACAUUUUUAUAGUAUACAGUAAGUGUUGAGGCACAGAGCUGAAGUGUUAUGUUUUUGCUGGUAUCAUGCUUUUUUUUAAGUGGUUUAACUCCUGAAACUUCACUGAAAAGCCAAAAUCAAAGUGGAAGUUCUCAGUUUGGGCUUCUAUUCUCUCACAUUCAUCUUUUAAAAACAAAUACAGUAGUACUUGGGACUUACUGUUCAGGACUUCCUGUUUGUCAUACAACUAUCUUCAGGUAGAUCACUCUACAGAUUCAGUGGAUCAACAUAGAAUUUCCAUGCUUUUACUUUGUCAAGACAUAUUGAAGAAUUUCAGUUUUAUAAUUUGUCCUGAGAUGGUCACUUUAUUGCAUAAAGCUUUAAUUUACAGCUUCCAUAUGUUUGCACUUAUAGUUCACACUGGCACUAAUAUAUUGGAAACAAUGACAUAUGUAACAACAUUUUCUACAAAUAGCACUUAAAAGAGGGCAACCAUUGAUUUUUCUUCACCAACUUCACUGAAUCCAUUGUGAGGACUCAAGAUCAGAUAAAUGAUGGAUUGAUUGGUAACAAUGUUUCAUUUUGUAUGUACAUGCCUGGGAAAUUACAGCAAAAGGAAGCUGCAAUAUAAAAUAUUUUGGGUUUAAUUAGUUCAGCAGCUUUUAAUUAGUUCAUCAGAGUUUGUGCAAAGAGGUCAGCUAUCACAGGCUGACGUUUUAAUUAUAGAACUGAUGAAGGAUCACUUGAUUGAAGUCCUGAUUCUUUUCCAUUAAGGUUGAACUGCGAAACUGACCUUAAGCCGCCAGGUUAUCGAGUAACUUUUGACUACACAAGCUUAAAGUAGUAAGAUUUGUUUAUGUGUUGGGGUGGGACUGGUGGAUUUAGAAAUCUCCUGAAUGAAAUGCUACAUCACACACAGAAGAUAAUGUAUAAAUAUCAGAUUUGAUCUUCAGUGAUGUAAAUAUGGUGAUAUUCAUCAUUGUUUCUCAUUUCUCUGUUUCUUAUCAGAGAAUCUUCAUGUCUACUGCCAAAGCUUUUAACACAUCCCAUCCUCACAUUGUACAAACUGACCAAUCACACUAUAAUAGAUUGCACUUGACAAGAGCGAUAUACUUUAUUUAUUAAUUUAGGUGAAUAAGGAGGUUGUAAUCCAUCAUCCUUCAUCAAAAUAGCCCCUGUAUAGUAAUCAAAAUAUUACCAUAUGUUACCAUAUGUUCACAUACAUCCUUAUAUUUAGUACAAUCUUCAAGUGGUGCUCUCAGAAAACAAAUUAUAACAUUGUAUAAAAAGAGUAUUUUGUGUUACUGAACAAACCUAUUUUUACACAUGAAACCUAGGUCAAAUAGUAUUUAAAAAAUAUAUUAAAAUCCUAGAUAUUUUGAAGUGUGUGAUUGUCAUUACCUGACAUACAUAUGAGGGGUUAAGUCACUGCAGGCAUGCUCAGUCAAACACUAAUUCAGCACUUGGAUGGAUCACAGAAAGGUUGUGAGGUUCAUUUGAUGCCAAAAUUCUUUCAGCUUUUUUUUCUUCUUAGAAUAAAUGUUUCAUAGGUUGAGGUAAAUUUAACCAAAUCCUGGCCCAAGUCACUGUAUCUUUUAUUAUUACAGUACAAUAAAAAAACAGUUAAGCAUUCAUAGUCUUAUGGCACAAAAACACAGGCAGCAGAGACAAAUUUAUUUUGAGAAGGGAUUGUAAGUGCAAAUAUUAGAAAUUAAUUUAGGGUAACAAAAUAUCACAAAUAUUAAAUACUUGGGUAAACAAUCUAUGAACUAUUCAGCUUUCAAUCAUUGCCUCCAAUCCAGUGAUGUAUAUACAAUUAGAGGUAAUGGAGAUGGACUAGUAUUGUUUGGAGUAAAGAUGGGGCAAAGUGAGAAUGUUCCUGCAGUGGAAACGCCCCACAAAUUGAUGUAAAUAACCUGGCUGAAGAAGUUAAGGUGCUUAUGUUUGUUGGCUAAAUCGUCCAUUAGCUUCAGUGCCUCAACAUGUUGCCUGUAUGUCAUGGUCAUUACUGGGGAAUAAAGAAUGUACCAGGUGUAAACUAUUGUUUCCAUUAUAUAGAGACCCAAAGUGGUCAGUAUUACAUAAAUAGAUAAUACAUAAUGAAAUAAAUAAUCAUAUGAAUAUAUGCAGACAAAAUAUGUAAUAGAACCGAGAAAAAAUUGUGAAUUGUGAAAAAAUCAAAUAAACUUUUUGCUACGCUAGCAGCAGGGUUCUAGGGAUGGCAACGUCAGUCUGUCGAUGGUUGGUCGUCCACCACUUUGGUCCAGACUGAAAUAUCUUAACAAUUUUUGAAUGACUUGAAAUUACAUUUUAUACAGACAUUCAUGGUGCCCAGAGGAUGAACCCUAAUUAUUUUCAUGACCCUCUGACUUCACCUUAAGCGCCACCAGCAGAUCAAAGUUUUCACCUAUCCAGUGAAAUAUCUCUACAUCUAUGUUAUGGAUUGUCACAAAAUUCUGUACAGACAUUCAUGGUUUUCAGAGGAUGAACCAUACUGACUUUGUCGAUUGCCUGACUGAAGCUCUAGAGCCACAUUUGUGAUUUUGAGUGCAAUAUCUGCACAGCUAUUGGAUGGAUUGCCAUGACAUUUGUUACACUCAUUCAUGUCCCCCUCAGAAUAAAUUGUAAUCACUUCAGUGAUCCCUUAACUUUUCAUCUAGCGCCAUCAUCAAGUGAAACUUUCACUUUGACCAAAACUAAUGACAUUCUCGUCAGCCUCAGCUGUACUUUGUGUUUGGUGCUAACUAGCAAAUUUUAGCAUGCUAACACGCUAAAUUAAGAUAUGUGAUAAACAUUAUAAGCUACCUGCAAAACAUCAGCAUGUUAGCAUGCUUACUUUAGCAUUUAGCUCAGACUACUACUGUGCCGAAGUACAGCGUCACUGAGCCGCUAGAAUGGCUGUAUACAAAUUACAACCAAAAAACUAUAAAAUAACAUUUGAUAAUAAUGAACAAGGUUUUAAGCAUUUAUAAAGUGAUUCAGAUUAUUUUAUUUCACAAUUUUAUGGUCAUGUAUUUUGUCUGUAUGCAUUCAUAUGAUUAUUUCAUAAAGUCUUGUUUAUUUAUUUAAUAUUGAACACACUGGGUCUUCAUAAAAUCUAGCUGCCUUUCUUUUUUUUUUUUCCAAAAGGAAGAUUCCUGUCAUCAUGCAUCUAUUUGCAGCCCUGCUCACAGCAUUGGGAAACAGGUUCGACACAUAAUGUCUUCCUACCUUCCUCCACCAGCCAUCCUUCAUUUGAUACAGAGUCUUUACAUGUUUGAUGCUGAGCUGUGAACAAACUGUGUUACCACUGUGUGAAUUACACUGAAAUAUCAACUGUGGUACAUCAUGAAUUGAAAACAAGGUAUUUGUAAUGCAAGAUAAAAGUACACAGGGCUCUGUUUUUAUUAUUAUUUUUGUUUGUCUUACCUCCAAGUUGCCACACUCUUGUCGUGAUAUUUGCAGUUGGACAGCUGGAACAACUAUUAAUUAUGUUCAGUUUUGUAUAUUUAUUUACAUAAUUAAUUAUAGAGUGAUAUGUACAGUGCUGUGUCUCCUACACCUCCGGAGAUAAUGAGAAUUUUACAAAUUUAUAUUCUAAGAAUUUAAUUCAGAAAAACUGGAUUGAUUGGAUUACAUUUUUAUUUUUGGGAUCAUUGCUCAUUUUUUUCUUUUUUUGUCAUGUUUUCCUUCUGCUAACUGAUGAAUGUGUUAAGAAUAAAAAAACAUUAAUUGUUGAA